AAAUAUAAUUUCGCCCCGACCGUCUCCGACCUUGCAUCUUGCAAUAGAGAAAUGUGUAUACCGAGUUUUAAAAUUUAUACUAUUAAGUAACAAAGUUGGAAUUUGGAAACAUUGAUUUUAUCUUAAUCGAAAUACGUAAAUUAAAAUAUAUUUUUUUAUGUGACAAUGUCUCAUAACAAUCGUAAUAAAUAUGAGAAAGCGCGAAGACGAUUAGCCGCGGUUACUUUUCUAUCUAAUAUUUCCCUUGAUGGCUCAUUCAAGGAUACUGAGCUUUGCCAAAUUUUAGACAUAAAAUAUAACAGUGAUAAGUGUGACGGCUCAAAACUAAAAAAUAUUCCAAAUCAUUAUGAAAAAGAUACAACGCGCAGCAAAAACCGCAAUGCGAAAAUGCCGCAGUGUAGUCCAGCACACAAUAACGAUAAUCAAUCUAUAACUUCUGAUCCUGAAUACGCUCAUGUAACACCUAUAAAAGGAGUUAGUAAUAAUCUAAUAAGAGAAAGGUGUUCUUCUGGAAACACAGACCUAUUUAAAGACAGACACCUAUCGCUUAGAGGACGAAAAACAUGCACACAAGAUGAGAAAAGUAGCUUAGAAAGUUUAACCUUUGGUCGUCUUAGAACCAGUAGUACUUGUAUUCCAGAAAACCAAACAUAUAUUAAGGAACUGAAGUUAAUGAAAGGGACCAAAGGAGUGACUUUCAAAGAUGAAAGACUUGUAUUUGCACCUACUCAAGGAGUGCCAUGUGCUUUAUUCAGUACUAUACCAUAUUCAAAAACUGCUAGAUCUGCAAGGUCUGACUUGAGGAAAGAUGGAGUGAGAAGGAGGAAUACAUCAGGCCCUAGACCACUCUCUGCAAUUACAGAUAAUGGUGUUGAUCCAUUUGACUUACUUGGAUUGGAAAGAGAGGAACAUGGUCAAGAUAUCUCAUACUCAAAGUUGUUGGUACCCUCUCGAGUCUGUACACGAGAACAGUAUAGGAAGAUGUGUGAAGCAGAUUUUACAGAUAAGGCCUCUUGGAAAGUAAUAAAUAGACAUCCACAUGUCAUUGCCAGGACUAAGUUAUUGACGAGACACAAGGAUAAAAAAUGGUGCUUUUCAUAUGAAUCUGCUCAACGCAGUACAAUUGCAUCAUCACCGCCUCAUUCCUCCAUUGAAACCAAAACUUUUGACUGGGAUGAAGAAAUAAUAUUGGCACAAAAAUAUGUAAGCAAAAAGAUCCAAUACUCCCCAAACGUACUUGAUGAUCCAGAAUUGAUAGCUGGUAAACACAGGACGCUUCUAACAUUUACGUCUUACAUGACGUCAAUUAUUGACUACGUUCGCCCUCAGGACUUGAAAAAAGAACUUAAUGACAAGUUUCGAGAGAAGUUUCCUCAUAUUAAAUUGACACUUAGCAAACUAAGAAGUAUAAAGAAAGAGAUGCGAAAAAUCGCUAAACACGACUGCGGAGGGAUCGAUCUGUUAUCUGUGGCACAGGCAUAUGUUUAUUUCGAAAAAUUAAUUCUUGCCAAUCUUAUUAACAAAGACAACAGGAAGUUAUGCGCGGGCGCCUGCUUAUUACUCUCGGCUAAAUUGAAUGAUGUUAAAGGCGAAAUGCUUAAAGCUCUUAUAGAGCGAAUCGAAACAACGUUCAGACUGAAUAGGAAGGAUCUAAUUAAAUUUGAGUUCGCUGUAUUGGUCGCUUUGGAAUUCGGUCUUCAUGUCCCGCCCCAUGAGGUCUUUCCGCACUACCAAAGACUCCUGCACGAUUCGUGACGACGUCUUUCAUUUGAGAUCGGUCGUCCUUAUCGCGAUUAUCGAUCGCAUAGACGGCGAGCCUCUUUCGUUGAUAACUUUCGUGCCAAUGCCUGGAUAUAAACUAACAGAUAAAAUUGUCUUUGCGCUACGCGUUGUGCAACUUCUUUCAUAGACAAUUAGAGAAGUAGAGUUUGUGCGGAAAAAGAACUGGCGUGGGAUUUGAGGUCGUUGUAAUGCUAACAUUGCUAACCUAUUUCGUAAUGUUGACAAUGCUGCUACGUCAUUAUAGUUCUCUAGUAAUCAUCUUGAUAUUUAAUAUGAAAUAAUUAAAAGUAUAUAUUUGUAAAUAAAUGAAACGCGUAGCAAAUAUAUUAUAUUAGUCCGCAUAAAUACGUCGGUUCUCGUUCCGCCCAGACUUUCUCGUUGACCAGGAUUGCUUGAAACGUCAAGUGUAUUGUAAAUUUGGGUUU